UGAAGAGUUCACUCCUCAUGUGAUGGGAGAUUUGCCUUAUGUUUGUUUUUGUUUUCCUGAGACAUGAUGGCCAUUUGGCUCCACUGGAUGCCAACGUGAGGGCUUUUGCAAUGGCUAAUCUCUUGCUACAGGGCAAAGUGCAAGACAAACCAAUCUGCUACCACUUUGUUUGCCCCUUACUUGUGUGGUUUGUUUUGUCCCUCACCCCGCCUGCAGAUUAUCCCUGUGUUCACGAGAUUAUAGAUAAGGUGGUUAGAAAGCUAGCUUAAGUACUUAGAAAUCUGAUUUGGAGUGAGCUAAUCCAAAAGAAAGGCUUUAAAGACGGGUAGAAGCCUGAAAAUUGUCUUUGGAACUUGGCAUUGUAUUGUGAGCAAGAGCUUAGUGCACAAGAAGUGGCCAAUGGCACAGAAGGUGGUCCUCAUCACAGGGUGCUCCUCGGGAAUUGGACUCACCACGGCGGUGACGCUUGCCAGGGACCCCCAGAACCGCUUCAAAGUGAUUGCCACCAUGAGAAAUCUAAACAAGAGGGACAAGCUGGAGGAGGCUGCGGGGGACACACUGAACCAGACCCUGGAGAUCAAACAGCUGGACGUGUGUGACGAGAAGUCUAUUCAAGAGUGCAUCAACAGCAUCCCGGACCGGCACAUCGACAUCCUCGUUAACAAUGCAGGGGUUGGAAUGAUCGGACCCAUCGAGUGUCAGACCAUUGAGGAGAUGAGGGUGGUCUUUGAGACAAACUUCUUUGGAGUGGUGAGAAUGAUUAAGGAAGUGUACCCCGACAUGAAGAAGAGGAAGAGCGGACACAUCGUCAUCAUCAGCAGUGUAAUGGGACUCCAAGGAAUCAUGUUCAACGAUGUGUACACGGCUUCCAAAUUUGCAGUCGAGGGCUUCUGCGAAAGCCUCAUCAUUCAAGCUCUCAAGUUCAACAUCUACAUCAGCCUCAUCGAGCCCGGCCCGGUGGUCACAGAGUUUGAGAUGAAAGCUUACAAAGAAGCCGCCCAAGGGGAUUACUCGGGUACGGACCCCGUGACUGCCGACAUGUUCACAAAUAUGUACCUCAACAACUCCAAAGCCAUCUUCAACAGCUUGGGGCAGAAGCCGGACGAUAUUGCCGAGCAUCUCCUAAAAGUCAUCCUGGCUGAAGUACCACCCUUCCGUCACCAGACUAACCCCAUCUACACCCCACUGACUGCGCUCAAGCACGCAGACCCCACGGGUGACCUGGCUACUGAUGUCUUCUACAAGAUGGUCUUCCGCUAUGACCGCCUCAUGCACGCCAGCCUCUCGUGUAUCAAGCUGAUGAGGUGGAAGGCACAGAAGUUGCAGAGCGGCCUCAAGAUGCUGGGGCUCAAGUGA